AUGCUGUCGCGAUCGCUGGGAAAGGGAACGUCCUUCACAGGGCAGCAAACGACAGUGCUUGGAAUUGGAGUAGCAUUUAUGGCAUUUACCUCCGUUGUAAUUGCCCUUCGCGUCUAUGUAAGAACGCUUUUGCUGCGUGCGUGGGGUGCUGAUGACGGUGAGCCGACUAUUGUACCUAGGUCCUUUGAUAAAUCUAAUGAACAUGCAGUGCUCAUGGUGAUCGGAACGCUGCAUACUAUGGGGUUGGAAAACACUUGUAUAUGGGCUACACGCCUCCUCUACGUGCUCGGCCUGUGCUUCAUCAAGCUAUCCCUUCUUUGGUUUUAUCUCCGGCUGGAAACACGACGUUUCAUGCAAUGGCUUGUGUACUCGGUCAUCUUCAUCGUUCUAGGGGUAUCAAUCUCAAGCUUCUUCGUUGAUACACUCUCCUGCAUACCUCCUUCUAAAUUUUGGAAUUCUACCAAGUCCGGACAUUGUAUGUCAACGGCGUCCCAGCAGAAGUUCUACGAGGUCAAUGGCAUCCUCGUCAUUGUCAUGGAUAUUCUCAUCUGGGCUGUUCCCAUUCCGAUGCUAUGGCGUGUUCGUAUCUCUUUGCGCAAGAAGAUUGCAGUACUGGGAGUUUUCAGCGUGGGCCUUCUGUCUAUAGCUGCUGCUUGCGUGAGAUACAACACCGUCUUGCAACUAGCCAACAAUCCAGAUGAAACAUACGUCCUCGCUGCCUCGCUUAACUGGUGUGGCAUCGAAGCCUACGUCGCCAUAUUCUGUGGCUCCACUCCGGCAUUAUAUGUCUUUGUGAAGCGUUACCUCCCACAAAUUCUGGGCCCCUCCUACGCGCACAAUCCAACUUACCCAGGACAGAGCAAUGCAAAGAGAUUCAGCGCACCUUUCUGCAGAGUGUCCCGUCAAGAUGUGAGCGAAAGCCGGCUAGGAGAGAGCCAAGAUGCAUUACAUGAUGGGGAUGGCAUUAUGCUUAAGACAGACAUUCACUGGGAGGUCACUGAUAUAGAUGCGGAAGGUCGAGUGGACUCGCACCAUAGCCGCCUGCCUUCCUGCAUCUCCGCCGUUUGUCCCACGGAACGUUGUCGCAUCAUCUUUCCCAAUUACUAUCGCUUUUCCGUCCUCUCUACACUAAUCUGCAAUUACCAAACACACUACUACCUCACUCCAAACAUCCCAGCUGCUUCCGACCCUUCCGGCUACACUAAAUCUGAAGCAUGCUAUCAUAAUCGCUCGAGCCCAACAAAUUCCCUCUUUUACUCAACCAAGCACGCCAAGACUUCAUACUAUCACAUCCCCUCCACCGUCAACUUAGAUGACGUCCAACAAAUCCUCCACAACCACUCCACCCUUGCAAACAUAUUUUGGCCCCAAACCGUUAACGAUCCAGAAAACCUCAUCUUUGAAAACCAAACCGGCCCUAGCACUACAGAAAUCCAAGUUGGCCCAGCAUCAGGUUCCAAUCCCGGCCCUUCCGCGACAAAAUGCAAAGCUCGCAUGAUUUCUCACCACGAAGCCAGAGAGGUUGUCGUUGAGGAGGAAAUGCCUCUCGGGCUUCGGAUGACUCUGGUGUAUAGGGUCUCUGAUGAACCUCCCCAGGGUAUCUCGGCAGAAGAAGGUGAUGGUCUGCUCGCGUUGGCUGACUCGCAGCCCUCCACGUCGCUUUCGCCCUCUGGGUCACGAAUAGGGCUGUAUCUGGAGGUAGAGAGAUCUGUAAUGGCACCGAGGCCUCUCUCGAUGCUAAUUAAAACGACAGAAGGGCCGGUUGUAAAGACGAAGAAUCUGUUGUUCGUUUUAGACGAGUUAGGAAACGGGAGGGACUUGGACGCUGUGUUGGGUGCUCUUAAUGAUGGACUGGGGGAAUCGGAUGAUGAAGGAGAGGGGGUGUUGGAGAAGUAUAAGGCGGAUUGA